AUGAGUUCAAUUCCUGAUUUUGGUGGGAUGCUCCCAAAGGAGUUUAAGAAGAAAUCGUUUGGAGUAAAUGAAAAGCUUGGUAUCCAGAAGCUUUUCCGAAUGAUAGUUUUAGGCCCAAGCUUCUCUGGUAAAUCAAAUCUAGCUUUCCAUAUACUUAAAGAGUCUCCACACGUCUAUAGCCAUUUGCACAUUAUAGCCCGCAACCCUGAUCAAGAGUUAUACGAUUACAUCAAAGAGAAAUUACAAGGUGUUGUGACUUUUUAUGAUCCCGAUGCUCCUCCAAGUGUUGAUGCUAUUAAAGAAAUUCCAAAUGCUUUACAGCUUGCUAUUAUUGAUGACUAUUCCAACGAUAAGAAGCUACAGAAAGAUUUAUUUAGUCAUUUCUUUACUCGAGGAAGACACAAAGGACUUUCAACAAUUUUCAUAGCUCAUAGCUAUUUUGCUACUGAUAAAAUGAUCCGAUUAAAUUCUGAGUACAUAGCUAUUCUAAAAGCAAAUUCAAAACGCGAUCUCCAGCUAAUUUUAAAAGAUUUUAAUCUACCUGGAGUAACCGAAGAAGAUAUUUACAGAUAUUACAGACAAGCAACAGCUCAGAAAGGCCAAAUGCUGUUCAUUGACUCUGUCAAGCAACAAAUUCGGAAGAAUUUUAAAGGUGAAGUUUUCAAUUAA